AUAUCAUCCAAAACCUUCGACAAUGAAAACACGAAUUAUUUGUCAAUUUGUAAACUGUUUCCAGAAAAAAUAUUUUUAUUAAUAGCAGUUCCUUCAAGAACGUCUGAAUUUGAAGAAAGAAAGGUUAUAAGACAGGCAUGGGGGUCAAAUUAUGUAUCUGGACCGGCCUACGUGUUAUCCGGAGAUAUAACUAGCAAAUUACACAUUUUUGACUAUCAUAGCCAGUACUGUCAGCUCUUUAUCUAA